CUGGCAAGGACGAUACAGUCCACCAGACACUGCUUUCGUCUAGCAGCAGAGGAAUAAGAGCAGGAGGAGGCUCUGGCUAGAGAAAGUGAGCAGGAGAGUGGCACUGCAGAGAACCAGCAGAGUACCACUCCAUCUCCCAAAGCUUUUCUACGGGGGAACCUCUCGGCAGGUACCGCAAGAGCAGCCCGGCAUGGAUGUCUUUAAGAAAGGGUUUUCCAUUGCAAAAGAGGGUGUGGUGGCAGCAGCCGAAAAGACCAAGCAGGGAGUGACCGAAGCUGCAGAGAAGACCAAGGAAGGGGUGAUGUAUGUAGGAACCAAAACCAAAGAGGGCGUAGUGCAGAGUGUCACUUCAGUUGCUGAGAAGACCAAAGAACAAGCCAACUUGGUGGGGGAAUCUGUAGUAGCCAGUGUCAACACAGUGGCAAAGCAGACUGUAGAAGGAGCAGAGACCAUUGUCACCACCACUGGGGUUGUACAAAAGGAGGACUUAGAGCACCCAGUGGAAUUUGAAGAGCCACCCGCUGCCACUGCUGAAGAUGAAGCCCCAGUGGAAGCCACAGAAACCAGUGCAGAGGGCGAAAAUGAAGGAAAUUAACCCUCCUAGUGUGAAAAGUGGGAAUCCCAGGAGUAAAUGCAGAAAUGUUAGCUGCCACCAGAGCAGGGAAAUCACUCAUCCCCUAGGCUAACUUCAUUCAGCACUACAGUCUUUCACUUGCCUCAUACCGACAUAUCAUAGAUGUCUAGCAGACUCUUGAUCAUCUGUUUUAGGGAAACUGUGUGCAGCAGAGCUGUCUGUCUGUCCCCGUUCCCUCCCCCCAUCUCCUUUGUGGCUUCCUUCCUUCCCCAUCUUCAAAGCCUUCUGAGCGUGUGGUUUGGUAGCCAUGAUAUAGCGCAGUCGUGGUUGGAAUUGCUGGUUAAUGUCUUCUGCCCAUUAGCAUCAGCACUUGAGAUCCCUAAAAAUGGUGGACAUUUUUUUUUUAAGAAAAAAAGAGAGACAAAAUAAAACAACUUGUUUCAACUAA